AUGCUCAAUUCGAGGAACUCCUCCUGGAUCUUUCUUGCUUUCUUGAUAGCACUCUUGCUUCGUACUCUUUUUACCUCACGCAGCGUCAUCAUGGAUUUCCUUACAGUCCCACUCCUCUCGGUCUUCGUGCUGCCUACCCUAUCUGCGUACAGCUCAAGACUCAACCUUCUCUUCUUCUAUAUGUCAUGGACGACCCUGGUGAUGUCGCUUUCCGAUGUGCGCAUUGAAAUGGUGGGCACCCUGAUGGUUCGCCUAAUAUUCUGGAUUAUACCUUCCUGCAUCUUCUUCCUCUUCGAUAGCAUUGCUCCGAACACAGCUGCCAAUCUGAAGGAAGGAGGCGAAGCUGGUCUGCCGUCCGGCAGCAGAAGGCACAGAGCUUCGGCUUACAUAUUUCAAAUUCCGGGAAUAUGUCUGGCAAACUUUGUGCUCUCAGUCCUGCUUCAACUCGGCUGGGAGAAGACUCUGAACUACCUCAGAUUCCAACCUGCUGUGCAGGUUACAAUAGCCGUCCCCAUGCCCUGGGGUAUUGCAAACCAUCUAUUCUGGGGGUUCUUACUUCGAGAGAUUUUGAGCUAUGGCGUGCACCGGUUCGUCCUCCACAGCAACCAGCCAGGCCUCGACUGGAUCGCCAACUGGCACGACAACUGGUUCCAUUCGCUUCGUGGGCCCCUCCCGCUAACAGCGCACUACGACCACCCGGUGCCCUACAUCCUUCACAACUUCCUCCCCAUGUACAUCCCUGUGCACUACUUCCGAUUCCACAUGAUCACCUAUAUCAUCUACAUGGUCAUCAUCUCCAUAGAGGAGACAUUCACAUACUCGGGCUACUGCGUCCUUCCGAUUUCGCUGCUCCAGGGCGCAGCUAGCCGUGUCGGUGGCCAUCUUAGCAGCGACGGGCGGAAGUACUUUGGACGCAUUGGGUUGGCUGAUUUGGUAAUGGGAACGGGCGAGUUCCUGGGGGGUUUGGUUGGGGGUGAUAGUGGUGGGAAUGACCAUAGGAGGAGAAGGUAG